AUGGCGCUCCUUAUCAAAAAGUUCUUACACUCUAUCCGACUCCUUGGGCGGCGAGGGAAGUAUAAGCGUCUCUUGCCCCAUGAGGAGACCCCCAGGCCUCUCCCCCCCGAUGAGAAACGACCCUGGUCUCUGCUACUGGAGCUGCCUCUGGAUAUUCUGGUAGAUAUUGUACCAUACCUACCACUGGUGUCCCAGGUCUGCCUUGCACUCAUCUGCAAGCCGCUCUACAGACUACUACGCCCCGUCCUUGAUGAUGAACAACUAGCCUGGCCAAGGUAUCUGGCUAGCCCAUUAACCUUGAGCAACGAAUUUGGUAGCGAACUGCAUCUUCCACGGAUUGACCUUCUGCUCAAGCUGGAAGAUGCCCGCUGGCUAUACUGUCGUACCUGCCUUAAGCUUCACCCAUACAACUACUUUCCUCCAGACUUUGCUCGUAUUCCACCAUCGCGUCGAGACUGCAGGUUGUACUGCGGAAUUGUUGAUUUGUGCUCCUGCCUGGCCCUCACCUACACAAAUGGUCAACGGCUUAGCGAGUGGAUACAGACAGGAGUACCAAGCCAGGAUCUUCACCGUAACAUCCGACAACAAUCCCAAUGCCAAACGCUUAACAACAGGAGGCUCCUUAUUCAUAGCUGCUCGGUGACAAGCCAACCUGACGUGUUUUUAGCCCUCACCAUCAUGCUGACACUCGACGCCGGCAAAUGCUUGGUAGUCACGACUAGGUACAACGUGUAUUGGUCAACGCCGCACAAACGUCUCGGAGAUUUGGUGAACGACCGCGAGGCCUAUCGACCGCCAUUCAAUACUGAAUCUAUUUUUCUCUGCUCAGAUGUGCACGCCCUUGCUGGGUUAUACGGAAGCUACGCACCUACACUGACGCGGAAAGAUGCAUGCGGCAGCUGUGAUACAACAUUUCAUCUUCUUCUCUGCACUGAUGACGGCCUUCACUCUGUUAUUCGCAGUGAGCGUAAUCUCGGGAUUGUGGAACAUGACCCGAAUAUGCCCAGGCGGCUGGUACGAGGCUCUCAAAAGUGGUGGCUAACCUCCCGGGAUCCUGGGAAUGCCAUGGAGGGAAUGUGGUAUCGCUGGUCCUGA